GUCGAACUAUACAUCCAAACUACUUUCUAUCAAAUCUAGGGGGAAAACAGAAAAAAGAAAAAGAUCGAAAUUACCUUUUCUACUUUGCUUAUCUUCCGAAAGUAUGGACGCUAUGUCGGAAAAUGAAUUGAUUCUUACAGAUGAUAAUAAAAGAUUACCUAAUAAGGAUUAUACAAUCCGCGAAAAAAUCCUUAAGAAUCAACUGUUGAAAAAUUCCACUGGAAUAUCAAUAAUGAAAAAUCUAUCUCCGCUUAAAAAUGACGCCGUUGCUCAAAUUUCCGGAAAGGAUUUUUAUAAUGUUGAAUUUGAUGAAGAAGAUUACAUAUCAACAAAUAAAAUAGAAUUUGAAGGAUUGGUAUCAUUUAUAUCAGUUACUCCAGAGUUAGUUGUUCUUAUUAUUAAAAAUGAAACUGUUUUGAAAAGGGGAAAAUUACUUUCACUUCAGAUAACAGUUUCAGGUGAAAUUGGCCAAAUUCGAACUUUACACUCAGGAAAUAUUGUCAGCUGUUCAUCCUCGUAUUGUGGAACAUAUAUAAUGGUUAUUACGGUAAAUCAAGAUGAGAUAGGACAAAUACAUUAUCUAAAACCACCAUAUUCCUUACAAACUGUUGGCUAUAAUAUGUACGAUGUCAGAUCUGUCGCCUGCCUACCAGACAAUACAAUUAUUGUUAUAGGAAAGAUGGAUUAUGAUGAUUGGUCUCUUUUUUGUUGGACAGCGAAAUGUAAAAGAUUAAAGUGGAAGGAGAAACUUCCGAGUUGUUUAAAUCCAAAAAAUGUACAUUGAUGAAAGAAUAGAUAAAUCAUGAUUAAUUAAUUUAUGUUUAUUGCUUAUGAUUAUAAGAUUUGUCUUUUCUUUUACUAUCAACAAACAAUAAAUAAAGACAAGAUUAACAUAUAAUGAAUAUAAUAAGGAAAUUAUCAUUUAUGAUUAUGAAAGUAUCUGGCUAUACUUAGAUAAGAAAUUUUACAAGUGUAAUCUUCAACCAAGUGGAUUGAGAUCGAUAUGUUCAUUUAGAAACAAUUUUUUAUUAGGACUAGAAAAAAAAACCUUAAUAUUUAAUGAACAUGGUGAAAUAAUUGGAAAAAUACCAUUUCAGUUCAAAGAUACAACAUAUUUGGCCUACGAUGACCAUAAGCAUAGGUUGUAUGUUGGUCACGGAGAAUCGUAUUUAACCGUUUUUUCACCAACACUCGAAAGGAUUACGUAGGAAAAGAUAAUUUUGAAUGAAAACUCUCUCUUUCUCCCUCUCUCUCUUAAUGUUCUAUUACUAUUUCAUAUCUCUUCCGAAAUAUUAAACUUCAAAUCUGUCUUGUACUCUUAAGUGCAAAAUCGUGUUCUAUCCUACUGAAACAGAUAUUAUUUAAAUCACACUUUAUAAAGCUAACAUUACUG